AUUAAAUGAACGAGCAAUGCAACAGGUAAGUGAUUCAACAAUGCGCAGCUGGAGUUUAGAACGAACUGCACUUUAAUUCUGACAGUACAUGCUCAUUCUAAACAGGUGAUGCAUCGCGUCGCCAUGGAGACCGGGAGUAAACAAGGGCAGGCGUAUGCGCACAUGCCACUAAUGAUCUUCUCAUGAAUGUCUCAAUAAUAUUUUUUGUUCAUUCAUAAGUAACACAAACACCAUAUCAAAAGUAUUGCUUCGCAAAAGUAUAUAACUUCGAUUGUGAAGGUAUAUAAUUCAUGCUCGUAAUGUAAAAUUAAUUCCCUUCGAAUCUUCUCUAAGAGAAUGAAAUUAAAAGUGCUGCUCAAUAGACAUUCGGACUAUUCAGGACCGUUGGUUGCUGUUGGAUGGAGUACAUCUGAGGAAGUGUUUUUCUGCAGCGAUGAACACGUUCUCCUUAAGUGGAAUCUUUCUAACAAAGAGACUGGAAAGGUUUGUGAAUUUAAAAAUGAUGUCCGUCCAACCGGCUUCCACGCAUUUUCUAAAGCUCAAACGUCAAACAAGAAGGUUGGUCUUGAGCAAAUUUUACUCACUUGUGCGGACGGGAAGUUUCUUUUAUUGGGUCGAAAUGGCCGCUUUGAAAAAUCAGUUACGGCUCACGACGGUGCUAUCCUUGCCGGUCUGUGGAACCACGAUGGAACGGGAUUUUUAACAGCUGGCCAAGAUGGUAACUUGAAAACAUGGUCACCCUCUGGUCUGCUAAGAGCAACGAUUCUUCAGGGUGGGCUUCCUGUAUUGAGCGCUGCAUGGGGCCCUGACUCAAACCAAAUUCUUUAUACGCAAGGCAAAUCCUUGAUUAUCAAGUCCCUCGUGCCUAACAGUAAGCCAACCAAGUGGAAAGCGCAUGAUGGAUUAAUUUUAAAAGUUUCUUGGAGCUCCGUGAACAGUUUAAUUGUAUCAGGGGGUGAAGAUUGUAAAUACAAGAUUUGGGACGUGUACGGACGCCAAAUGUUCAGCAGUGUGGUGCAAGAUUAUCCUGUUAUGUCCCUAGCAUGGUCUUCCAAUGGCGAGGUGUUCGCAGUUGGGUUUCAUAACGCAAUUCGUUUAUGUGAUAAAGCAGGAUGGAGUCAUUACUUUGAGAAACGGGAAGUAGGAAGUAUCUAUAACAUAUCUUGGGCCACGGAUGGAACUCAACUAGCGGGAGCUUGUGCUAAUGGAGACAUGUUGGUGGCUCAAAUAAUUCAAAGAAGAGUGGAAUGGCUCAACUACGAAGCGGUCACAAUAAGCCGAAAAGUGAUUAGAUUCAAAGAUGCAACCCAAGAUGUCCCUGAAAAAUUAGAGUUUUCUGAACGCGUUGUUUGCAUGUCUCUCAACUAUGGUUAUCUCAUCGUCAUUACUCUUUCACACUGUCAAAUUUACCGGGUUGAUCACUUGAAUACACCUUUUGCCUUCCAAUUGAAAGAGGGGUCUGUCUCGUUGAUCCUUCAAGCUAACAGGAAUUUUCUCUUGGUCGAAAAAUCUGUGAUAAGUAUUUAUAGUUAUGAUGGAAGACUGGUAGCAACUCCAAAGUGGCCAAAUGUACAGAACGAGCAACUGAAUUCUGCAAACAUAUCUUUAAGUCCAGAAACUGUAGCAGUUCGCGAUCACACUGAUGAAAAAAUGAUUCAUUUGUUAGAGAUUGGUUCGACGACAGCAGGAGCCCCUUUACUUCAUAGUGUUGAAGUUACCGACUUAGCUUUAAACCAAGCUGGUUCUCUAACGGAUCGACACCUUGCUUUCAUCGAUAAGAAUAGAGACCUUUUCUUGGCGUCAGUAACUGCCAAAGGGAAUGUGUCUUACAAAGUUGAUAAAUUGGGUCUGAUGGUUGAGAGUAUUCUUUGGAAUAGUGAUGUCAACAUGUUGUGCGGAAUACAAGAUACCACUCUCACUGUCUGGUACUUUCCUGCGGUGCUUUUUAUUGAUCCUCGUUUACUUCGCAGGACUGUGGUCAUGAAAGACGCCGGUGAAUUCGGUCGGAAUCCCCGACUGGAGAGUUUCAUCCGGGGGCACAUCGGGGUGCGGCGCUACGACGGAGCCCUGGUCUUCAGCGCGGUCACCCCGUUCAUCUCGAUGUUGCACAGUCACGCGGCCACCGGGAGCUGGGACGACGCCCUGCGACUAUGUCGAAUCGCCGCCGACGACACCGUCUGGGCAUGUCUGGCCACCAUGGCCGUCCACGCCCGACAGCUCAACGUCGCAGAGGAGGCCUACGCCGCCAUCGAUCAGGCCGAUAAAGUCUUCUUCCUCCAGUAUGUCAAGAGUAUACCGAACCAAACUGUGCAACUCUCUGAGAUGACUUUACUGAGUGGGAAUUCACAAGAGGCAGAAGCGAUCCUGCUGCAAAAUGGAUUUGUUUUUCGAGCGGUGCUAAUGAAUAUACAAAUUUAUAAUUGGAAUAGAGCCUUAGAAUUAGGAUCUAAACACAAAAAUCAUUUAGAACUUGUGCUUUGGUUUAGAGGACAGUACCUAAAAAGUUUUGAUAAGGAAGAAACAAAUGGAGCUUUCUUAAAGUACAACCUAGAGGAUUACGAAAUCACGGACGAGAAAAUAAAACAGCUCAUGGCCAUGGAAUUUGACAAGGAGAGGAAAUCUGUGUAAUGUAUUAGUGUAAGCUGUUUUAAAAAAUUGAGACUUCAUUAUGAGUUGCAAAAAAAUGGGGUGUCAUGAUAGUUUUGGAGUGAAUUGUAUUUUUUUAAUUGAAAUAAAAUUAAAAAAUAAAGCCAAAA